GCUGCAGCUCUGCUUCAAUGUAUUUUAAAAGCCGACAAGCCAAAAUCAAGCCUGAUCUCCUUGUGGGGCAGCGAAAGCUUACCCGACAGCGUGUGCCAGACGAAAAAAGAGUAUGUCCAGCGACGCAGCGUUCCAAGCCUUCGAUCAUUACGACUUUGACAAAGACGACCGAUUUCAAGCCGGAUUGCCAUCUUUAUUAAAGAAUCAAGAAGGCAAAACUGAAUCUGAACGUUUGGAGUUAAUUCAACGAGCCAGAUGGUUCUAUUACACAAAGUUUGUACAAGCUUUCGAUUAUACUGAAUAUCAACAAUGGAAGAUAAAUCGUAAUCCCACCGACAACAACAUAUCUGACAAACAAGAUGACCCUGUCCAAGCAAAAGAUUCUUCGACCGAUGACAACGAAACCCCUAAACGACUCACCUUCCAAGAAAUUGUAGAAAGAAUAGAGAAGGGUGAAGAAAUACCUGGAAUCAAACAGAUCCCAAAUAAGUUGAACGAAGCCGCUCCUAGCGAAGCUAAACUCUCUGCACGACCGAAGCCAUGGGAGGUGCAGCAACGAAGCUCAGAAGCCAUCGACAGUAGCUCUGGUACUAACGACGAAAAUGUAAAUUCGAAUCCUACCAAUAGUCACAUACUGUAGGCAACCCUUAGAAAAAGCAUUCCUUUCCUACUAAGUAUGAUUUUUGAUUGACCUACAUGACACGUCAAGCUGUACAGAACCGAAUCGGAUACUUUAGUUACAGGCAAUGAUGUAAAGAAAAAUAAAUGAAUAC